AAACCAGCGCGAGCAGCAAAAAUGGGCACUAAUAUUGGUGGAGUCGAGGUGUUGAGAGUUGUCCUGCCUGGGGAUGAGGUCCUGCAGCUUAAUGCAGAUAAGGCAGACAUCUCCAUAGGACCAGGGCUUCGCUGGCAAGAAAAUGUCAUUUGUGCAACUCGUUCAGGUCUCCUGAAGAAAACUAGCAAGAAUUUGUAUUAUGUAGACACUCACCAAAAGCGUUAUAUUCCUAAUGCAAAGGAAUUUGUUAUUGGUAUAGUUAUCAAGAAAACAGGCAACAAUUACAUUAUUGACAUAGGUGCAAGUGAUAAGGCAACGAUAUCAGAGUUAGUGUUUGAAAACUCCUCAAAAAAGGCCAGAAAAGAAUUGAAACCUGGUGAUCUUAUCUUCGGACAGAUACUUGUGGCAAACAAAAAUAUCGAACCUGAAUUAGUGUGUAUUGAUGUAUUUAAUAAUUUAGUAGGAAUAGGAUCACUUCCAGAUGGAGGUAUCAUGUUUACUCUUCCCUUACACAUAGCUCGUUUGAUUGUAAAUCCUAAAAAUUCACUAUUAUUGAUGAUUGCCCAGAAAAUUAAGUUUAUGCUGUUGGUUGGUUUUAAUGGGCGAGUGUGGGUGAAAGCACAGAAGCAGAAAGAGAUGGUUACUAUCAUGAACUGUCUAAUGAUGUUGGAGGUAAUGACUUUAGAGGAAGCCAAAGAGAAUAUUUAUAGACUGCAUACCUCUAACAGUAAAAACUUUUAGUGAUCUAGUUAUUUUUACAAAGUUGUUAUGAUAUCAAUUAAACAGAUCAUUUAAUUUAAUACUAGGUAAAUUUUCAGUUUGAGAAUGUCUUUUCUUUAUCAUUUUCGUGGUACAGUAUAAGCAUCAGUUUAGUUUGCUUUAUUUUCAGCAAGUAUAGUGUGUACUAUACAAAUGUGGCACUCUUACUAUUUAUUUAAAUUUAUAGAAUAGAAAUGAACACUGAAAAUACUCAGGGUAUUCUUAUGAUUGAUGCUUUAAAAAGGUUAAUUUUUUUUUUUGUUUAAAAUGGUGAUGUACAGUAUGUUAUUCCAGUUCUUAAUGGAAUAAUGUUCAUUAUAUUGAAGUCUUCUGCUUUAUAUUCAUUUUAUUACAUAGUUAUAAUAGCACAAAAGCUCUAAACAUUUAUGAUAGCUAACUAUGAAGAAAGGUCAAAUAAUUCUUUAUUACAAUAUUAGAUUCAGCAGACUCCAAUUUAACAGACCUCAAUUUAUUGGACCCAGGUUUAAUUGAUUUCAGAUUUAACUGAUAAACUCUGUAGCCAACAGCAUUUGGAAACAAUGGACUUAGUCCAUUAAUUCCAGAAUUCAUGGUUUGCUUGGUAAAUUCAUUUUGGAUUUAACAAAGUCAGAUAAAUUGGAAUUGUCUGUUCUUGUUACAGACAAUCUGGUAAAUCCAGAACUGUCCAUUGUUAUUGUAGUCCAUUUGGUAAAUUUAUUUACAGACUUAAUGGACUCAUUCUAUUACAUCUAUUACAAGCAUGGAAAAAUAUUCUGAUAAUUAGGAUUUAAAGGAUAAUUGGCUUCAAUGAAGACUCCCAUUAUGUUAAAUCAAGGGUUCACCUAGAUUUAGAAGGAAUAAUAGUGCCUUUGAACAUGUUGAAAGAAAAUAUAUUUUAAGUUGGAUGUAGGAAAUACUGUAUGUACUUGAAUGUUUUUGAAACAUGCAGCAUGCACCAUGAAUUCAGUAUGCUACAUUCAUUGUAAACAAUUGUACAUUUAGCUUGCACUAUAUGCACUGCUAAUCGUUGUGACUGUUGAUAGUACAUUCAUGUAUAUCUUGAGUGUUGUGAACUAUUGUGAUUGUUGAUGAUUUAUUCAGCUAGAAUUUUGAAUCAUCAGCCAUAAAUUAUUUAUUCUGUAUAUCAUUUAUAUAAUAUUUUUUGUCAAUAAAAGUAUAUAAUUUGAA